CGCGUACUUACGUUGGCAUUACCGUGGUUAUCAAUCUGUGUAUGAAGAUACAGAAACUGAUGCUCACGACUCACGAUGGCGGCUAGCAAUGUCACGCUCUUUGAUGCUGGCUUGACAAAACCUGUGAAUAUAUCGGUUGCUGUUUUGUUUUUAAUUGCUGGUUUAAUUGGGAUAGUUGCUAAUGCCAGCAUUAUAUUUGUUUUCUGGAAAAAGCAUUCAUCCAUACUAAAUCCGACCACUUGCUUUGUUCUUGCAUUGACUGUUCUGGACUUUUUUAUGUCUCUCGUCAACAUGCCUAUGGUUAUAGUAUCCAGUUUUAUUGGGUAUUGGGUGUUCGGAAGUCCCGGAUGUACCUUCUACGGAUUCACUAUGACUUUUAUAGGAUUGACCAUAAUUGCUGUGCUGACGAUGAUAUCGUUUGACCAGUACAUCGUCAUGGUCAAGAAGAACUCUAAGCAUAAAAGGACUCUGCGUGCGGCAAAACUGUCUUGCAUCGGAUGUGCACUUUGGGGACUUUCCUGGGCCAUUUUCCCCCUGAUAGGCAUCAAUUCGUAUGUAUUUACUGUCGAAGGAGUGCAUACAUCAUGUGCCAUCAACUGGAAGAGCAAGAAGUUCAACGAUCUGUUUUACACAAUGGCCAUGUUUGUGUUGUGUUUUCUACUACCAUGUGUCCUGAUAUGUUUCUUCUAUGGCUCUAUUCAUAUGAAGGUGAAAGAGUUACCCCGUUUCAGAGAUGUGUCUUCUGCUGUAACCCGCCAAGAGCUUCGACAAAAAUACAUCGCCAAGACAAUGCUCUGCAUGAUAAGUUCAUUUAUAUUGUCAUGGUUUCCGUACGCAAUGGUGGCGCUGUGGUCAGCUUUAGGUGACGCCCGUGACAUUCCAACGUUAGUCACGCUUUUGCCAGCAGUGUUCGCUAAAAUAAGCGUAAUCUGGAAUCCUCUUAUCUACGCACACCGAAAUCGGGAACUUAAAAAGGCAUGGCGGGAAAUCUUUAAACGAAAUUGAUCUGCUUCAUGCCUUCAUAUGCACAGCCAUGAAUCACGUGGUAUAUACACUGCAGAUGGUGAGUAUCAUGAACACAAAAUGGCCGACGUCUUGUAAAAAGGAAAAAGGAUAAGGAAAGUGCAGAUCGCGUAGGCAUUUGUAGUUGGCAGCAUAUGUCAUGCUGUAUAGUUGUUAAAUUUUGCGGAGUUAAUAUAACGCUGUUGCCCCAGGCGGACCAAAUUAUGAGGUAUUAAAUUUCGCGCAACAGGUACUUGAUUGCAGUCUGCAGUAUAUUGUUCCGUACAUCUGUGUGUAUUUAUAAAUAUUGUCUGGGUAUCUAUUUAAGCGCUUUAUUCGAAGGUCGUGGAUAUAGCAUAAAUAAAUCCUCUGAGAAUAUUUCAACAGGGCUAUAGAAAUAUAUGUAUGUUUUAAUAUUGUUAUAUAUGUACUCCAUUUGUACCGGAACACUUUUCUUUAGCAUUCUUAUCAAAAUUUCAAAAUGAGGACAAUUAUCCCCGAAUGAUGAGCUGGCGUGCUCCAUAAAAAGAUACAGGGUACUAUUUCCUUAAGUUUUAUAUGCUUUGAAAAACAGUAAAACACAUAUUUACAUUCACACGUGGAAGCUUUCUGCUGGAAAUAUUGUUUUUGUUGUAACUUGUUAUUUUCUAAGUGAUGAGAGUAAACACAAUAGUUAAUUUUAUUUUUUUUUCACUUCAAGUAAAUAACCCAAAAUAGAUUAAAAUUAAUUCUGAAUACAGCUAUUGUUAAAAUGCGUUUCAAGUUCGAAGUCGAGUAACUGAUAUCAAAUUGAUCGAAUGCCAGCAUAAAUAUAUGAUAAAUGAACCGUUCUCCUGUCCAAGCCAUGGAGUAAUCAGAGUCAAAUGCACUAAAUACCUUCCCGAGGCUGCCACGCUCGAAUGCAUACUCGCUCCAUAAAGACAUGCGCAAAGCAAUACAAGGAAAAGAAAGCGGAGAUGAAGACAGUCGACUAGCUUAUGUAAGCACAUCAUCAUCUACUAAACAUAACAAUUACGUUUUUUUAUUUCAUUUUUUUAAUCACUGUUUUUCACUUUAAUAGGUCAUAGAAGUUAUUUAACAGCGUUUUAAAACACACAGCAGUUGUCGUUCGGGCAUUUACAAAUAUAUGACUGACUUGAGAUUUCAAAUUUUCUAGUUCAGAGCCACUUUACGGUUUAAUUAUGAAUAUUUACUUUUAAUUUUUCGGACUGUAGCUUCUUUUUUUCAAAUGGUAUAUACAUUGUUUUGAUUGCUUAAUUUCACAGUAUUUUAACAGAGUGAACCAUAUUUUACCCCUGCUGCCAUUUGAUUAAUGGUGUAAGAACCAUGCAUUUAACCUACGGCAGGAAUUUGGUACAAAAUGGUUCAAUUCUUUGUUGUCAUAAUUUCUAUAUUCGACUGAAUCGAUAUGAGUGUAAUAGAUCUGUACACUUAUAGAAACUCUUGGAUACUGCUUCGAGUUUUUUGGGUUUUUUUUCAUUUGGUGGUGUUGAUUUGGUAUAUUUCUAUAUCAUGGGUGUCUUUUAUGUAUUUUAAUGACAAACAGUGUGUAUCCUGUCGGCAAUGUAGCAUUUGGCAUAUUACCAAUGUCCCGACACGAACACGUCCAUAGACAAUGUUUAUUCAUUACUCGGACAUAGUCACCGGGACUCAGUGACCUGCUCCUGGCUGGUAUUUAAUCAUCGAGCGGCGUGGACAGUUCUGGAGUCUGUAUAAACUUUUCUUUGAGCUAUGGAAGCAGAUGAGUUUGACAGAUAAACUUUUUACGGAUCAAUUUAUACAACGACCAAUACGGUACUACCAAAUUGCUAUCAAACAUGUGAUUUAGAAUAGUCAUGGAAAUAUUAAAACGUAUUAAAGACUUAUACAUGUAGUAUAGUGAGACGGGGUUUCGGAAGGAUUAACACCUUAUUCUUCUAGAUGAGGUGCUAAAACGUCAUCAAAAUGAGACUUACUUUAGUUAGAAUGAAAUAACAAAGAUAUUUACAUAUUUUGUGUGUGUAUAUGAAGUGAUGUGUAUAGGUAGCACACUGCAGUAGGGCAGGCUGGCCAUGGGCAAUUUUUUUGUUAAGCAAAUAACUCCUGUAUUAUGAUAUGCAUAAAAAAUGAAAAAUAAA